AUGUCUGCUGUCAACGGCGCUGGCCACAGCAGCACCUCCAAGGCCACUGAUCAAGAUGGCUCCUCGGUCCCCGGCUUCCAACCCCAGAACAAGAUGACGGUCCAGCCGCCUAGGGGAGAAGACCUCCAGGUCAGCUAUGCCGCUGAAAUUGGAGGCGAGGCCAAUCCCAAGGGCUGGUAUGGCAGCAUGAUUAACAAUCUUGGCGCGUGUAUUGGAACAUGUGGUGCAAUUCCCUGCUGCGUCAUCUGCCCCAACCCUUAUAAGCACGUCAACCAAGGCCAUGUUGGUCUCGUCACCAAGUUCGGUCGUUUCUACAAGGCUGUCGACCCCGGCCUGAUCAAGGUCAACCCGCUCAGCGAGAGACUCAUUCAGGUCGAUGUCAAGAUUCAGAUCGCAGAGGUGCCUGAGCAAACCUGCAUGACCAAGGACAAUGUCACUCUGCGCCUGACCUCUGUCAUCUACUAUCACAUUGUGUCUCCUCACAAGGCCGCUUUUGGUAUUUCCAACGUCCGCCAGGCUCUGGUUGAGCGUACUCAAACUACUCUCCGUCACGUUGUGGGAGCUCGUGUGCUCCAGGACGUGAUUGAGCGUCGUGAGGAGAUUGCUCAGUCUAUCGGGGAAAUCAUUGAGGAUGUUGCCGCUGGCUGGGGUGUCCAAGUCGAGAGCAUGCUCAUCAAGGAUAUCCUCUUCAGCCAAGAUCUGCAAGAUUCGCUCUCGAUGGCUGCCCAGAGCAAGCGGAUUGGUGAGAGCAAGAUCAUCGCCGCAAAGGCCGAGGUCGAAUCAGCCAAAUUGAUGCGCCAAGCCGCCGAUAUCUUGAGCUCCGCUCCUGCUAUGCAGAUCCGCUACCUCGAGGCCAUGCAAGCCAUGGCCAAGUCCGCCAACAGCAAGGUCAUUUUCCUUCCAGGAAGCAGUCAGCCUCUCAGCGGAGCCGCAAUGAAUGCUGCUCUGGGCGACUUUGCCCAGUCCGGUGAAGGCAGCACUGCCGCCAACACACGCGAUUUUGGAGGUCAGGAUUUCCAACAGGCCAUGAACGCUCGUGUCGUGGAAAACUUUUAG